AUGGCGGGAACAUGCUCCAUGCUCUGCUUGAUUCUGAUUACCUUGUUCAUACCUCCUCUCGGUGUGUUUAUGAUCUCGGGUUGCAGUGUUGAUCUGCUUAUCAAUAUACUCUUGACGAUUCUCGGGUACUUACCCGGUCACAUCCACGCAUUCUACCUCGAAUACGUAUACUAUGCCAAUCGCAACGCAGGAACAGGCGAAGCACCACGUCGUGCGCCGGGAGUCUAUUCCGAGCGGAUUCAGCGCGGGGGAAAUCAUCACACGACGUAUGGCACGAUCCCUUGA